CUUCAGCUGAGCCCCUUGCCUCACCCCUAAUCCCGAUGCCCACCUAGGCACACCUCUUGCAGGGCUGGUUUUAUCCCCUUCCCCCUUCCUCUCUAGUUUAAAGCCCUAUUCGUAUGCCUUUGUAUGUUAAGAUGACCUUUCUAGUGCAAGACAUAGGUCUUUGCAGUCCAUUCACUCACAAGUGUGCCUUUGCUUUUUGUGCAUCCCCUUUCUCAUGUAUCUCUGACCUGGAACAGUACAAGCUAGAUUCCAACAAGUAGAGGAGUAGCUACCAACUGUACAGUUCCCAGAUCCUUGUAUUUUUUUCUCAUCUCUCUCAAGUUUUGUCUAUGAGUCAGAAUGAUUACUGUGUAUCUUCUUGUAGGUAGAAUGGUUAUGUCUUUCCUAAACCACCCUCUAGUUACAAGGGAACACUGCUGACUUGCUUCUCUCAACUCUGCACGCUUGCAAAGCUCUUGCUCAAGCUGUGAAGUCUUGUACACCCAGCGUGUCUUCCACACUAUCUCUGUCCAUCUUUCUUUCCAUUGUUGGGUUCAGGCCUUUCCCAUACCUUUCUAACCCAAGUCUCCAAUUUGCUGUUCAUCACAGGGGGCACCCAUGCCCUUGUCCUCUUUUCUCUUUUACUGUGUGCACCAUGGUUCAACUUGGUGCUAUGAUGAGCUGUGCGGGAUGUACUUUCACAUGAUACUGCCAUCAACUCAGACUAAUCUCAAACUACUGGAUACAAAAAAGUCCUAAUUGUUACUGUCAGUGAUUAAAGAAAGAUUACCUAAAUCCUUUCCAGUGGUAUGUGUCCAGGAAAUAGGUGAUAGUCACAAAGAUCUGUGGCCAGGUAGGAGAUUGCAUAUGGAACAUUUUAUCUUAUUUCUGCUGUUGUCCAUUGUAAUUUUACCAAAAUAUGCUUUUCCUUUUGCAGCUGUUUAUUUUCCUCAUUGAUGUCCUUUUCAUUUCUCUGGGGAGGGACAGCGCUUUGGGAGCUGUGCUGGGAUUGCUAGUGACUAUGUGUUCUCCAAACACAGAACAAAAACUCUGCAGUUUUUAGUCCUCCCGCUUUCCAUCUUCUAGUACAGGAAUGCUUGUAGCAGCCAGUUACAGGUUAUCCUGCUUGCUAACACGUGGUUCUCAGUUUACUCGUUGGAGAGUACUGGAAAGCACACUAUGAACAGAGAGACUCCUAAUUUGCAUAGACCACUUGCUGUUAGGAGAAGAAUCAUUGCUGUUCUUUGUCACUAAUGGAAAUGUAAGGUGUUUGUUUCAGAGUGAGGACUGUAUUCCUUGCUGUAGGUGCGGUUUCUCAGCAAGCUUUGCUGUCUUCCAGUAGGUAAAGCUAGCAUCUGGCCUGUGAUGCAACCCACAUGUGUUGCUCAGGGACCAACCUGAAGAAAAGUUUUGCAAGGGUUCCUAAGCAAGCACCUCUUCAAGGAGGGGCGGGAGAAAGGUGGGGCUGCACUGGAGACUUUUAAUGGCAGAAUACAUGGGAGGGUAUAGGGCAGUGCUGUACAGUCAGUCCAGCACACCUGCUGUGUCUGUCCUCUUCUUCUGUUAUCUGCAAGAGUGUAUUGCCUAUGCCAAAUCUUGAAGAAACGCAUACAAGUGGAUUUUUGCUUUGACUUGUUUUCUUUAAACUUUACACUUCAGCAACUAUCAAGAUGACAAGAAUUUUGACAGCUUGCAAUGUGGUGAAGACUUUGAAAGGCAGACUGGAGUUUUGCAAAGUGUCUGCUGAUCACUGGAGUUUCUGGAGGACUGGUACCAGGUUGUUGAGCGUCAAGGCGCAGACAGCGAACUUGGUGCUGGAAGAUGGAACGAAGAUGAAGGGCUAUUCUUUUGGCUAUCCAUCCUCCACAGCAGGGGAAGUCGUAUUCAACACUGGUAUUUCUGGAUACACUGAAGCCUUGACAGACCCCAGCUACAAAGGACAGAUUCUUACACUGGCUAAUCCCGUUGUUGGGAACGGUGGCGUGCCUGACACGGCUGCGUUGGAUGAAAUAGGCCUCAGGAGAUUUCUUGAGUCCGAUGGAAUCAAGGUUUCAGGUUUGCUGGUGCUGGAUUACAGCAAUGAGUACAGUCACUGGCAGGCUGUGAAGAGUCUAGGAGAGUGGUUGCAGGAAGAGAAGGUGCCUGCUCUGUAUGGGAUUGAUACCAGAAUGCUGUCUAAGUUAAUUCGUGACAAGGGCACAGUACUUGGGAAGAUUGAAUUUGAAGGUCAACCCACAGAGUUUGCAGACCCAAAUAAGCAGAACUUAAUUGCAGAAGUUUCAACAAAGGAAGUCAAGGUAUAUGGCAAAGGGAACCCAGUUAAAAUUGUAGCAGUUGACUGUGGGUUGAAGAACAACGUUAUCCGUCUGCUGGUAAAGCAAGGUGCAGAAGUACAUUUAGUUCCAUGGGACCAUGAUUUUACCAGCAUGGAGUACGAUGGGCUCAUAAUUUCUGGAGGUCCAGGAGAUCCCAUGAAGGCCCAGGAAGUGAUUCAGAAUGUCAGAAAGAUCCUGGAGAGCAGUCGUCCAGAGCCUUUGUUUGGAAUUGGCAUGGGGAAUCUAAUCACUGGAAUAGCAGCUGGAGCUACUUCCUACAAGAUGCAGAUGGCCAACAGAGGACAGAAUCAGCCCGUCCUGAAUGUAGUGAAUGGACAGGCUGUCAUCACUACUCAGAACCAUGCUUAUGCCAUCGACAGCUCUACCCUCCCAGCUGGCUGGAAACCUCUCUUUGUGAAUGCUAAUGAUCAAACAAAUGAGGGAAUUAUGCAUGAGACCAGACCAAUUUUCACUGCACAGUUCUACCCAGAUGCAAAUCCUGGGCCGGCAGACACAGAGUUCCUGUUUGAUUCAUUUAUCUCACUGGUUAAGAGAGGGAAAGGCACUACCAUUGCUUCGGUCCUGCCCAAGGCUGGAGCAACAGCUUCUAGAGUGGAGGUUUCCAAAGUUCUCAUUCUAGGAUCUGGGGGUCUGUCGAUCGGUCAGGCAGGGGAAUUCGAUUACUCUGGAUCUCAGGCUGUGAAAGCCCUGAAGGAAGAAAAUGUAAAAAUUGUCCUCAUGAAUCCCAACAUCGCUUCAGUGCAGACCAAUGAGACCGGCUUAAAGCAGGCUGAUGCUGUGUAUUUCCUCCCCAUCACUCCACAGUUUGUCACAGAGGUCAUCAAGACAGAGCAUCCUGAUGGAUUAAUUCUGGGAAUGGGUGGCCAAACAGCUCUUAACUGUGGAGUGGAGCUCUUCAAGCAAGGAGUCCUGCAGCAGUAUGGUGUGAAGGUCCUAGGUACAUCAGUUGAGUCCAUCAUGGCUACAGAGGAUAGAAAGCUUUUUUCUGAUAAACUGGUGGAGCUAAAUGAAAAGAUUGCUCCUAGCUUUGCAGCAGAAUCGAUUGAAGAUGCUUUGGAGGCAGCUGAGAAGAUCAGGUACCCGGUCAUGAUACGUUCUGCUUAUGCCCUUGGUGGUUUGGGGUCAGGCAUAUGUACUGAUGAGGCAAGUUUGCUGGACCUUGGUACGAAGGCAUUUGCAAUGACUAAACAAAUUCUUGUGGAAAAGUCAGUUGUUGGCUGGAAGGAGAUAGAAUAUGAAGUUGUGAGAGAUGCUGCUGAUAACUGUAUUGCAGUCUGCAAUAUGGAAAACAUAGAUGCAAUGGGAGUCCACACAGGGGAUUCUGUCGUAGUGGCUCCCAGCCAGACACUCACUAAUGAGGAAUUUCAGAUGCUGAGGGAUCGUGCCAUCAAGGUUGUCCGAUAUUUGGACAUUGUAGGAGAAUGUAAUAUCCAGUUUGCUCUGCAUCCAACUUCCCUGGAAUAUUACAUCAUUGAAGUUAACGCCAGACUUUCGAGAAGUUCAGCUUUGGCAUCCAAGGCAACAGGGUAUCCAUUAGCGUUCAUUGCUGCCAAAAUUGCCUUGGGGAUCCCCUUACCAGAGAUCAAGAACGUAGUUACAGGAAAAACCUCAGCCUACUUUGAGCCCAGCCUGGAUUAUGUUGUUACCAAGAUACCCCGCUGGGAUCUGGACCGUUUUCAGGGCACCUCUAACCGGACUGGGAGCUCUAUGAAGAGCGUGGGAGAGGUCAUGGCUGUUGGCCGCACUUUUGAAGAGAGCUUUCAAAAGGCCCUCAGAAUGUGCCACCCCUCUAUAGAUGGCUUCACUUCACGUCUGCCCAUGAACAAAGUCUGGCCAGCCAUCACAGAUCUCCAGAAGGAACUCUCUGAGCCAUCCAGCACUCGAAUAUAUGCAAUGGCCAAGGCCUUGGACAACGGAGUCCCUGUGGAUGUCAUUCACAAGCUCACAGGCAUUGACAAGUGGUUCCUGUGUAAGAUGCGUGGCAUUGUGAACAUGGAGAAGAUCCUGAAGGAAGUGAAGUAUGGAGAAAUUCCAGAAGAGAUGCUGAGGAAGGCCAAACAGAUGGGCUUCUCAGACAGACAGAUUGGGAAAUGCCUGGAACUGACUGAAGUCCAGUGCCGCCAGCUGAGACUGAGGAAGAACGUAGUGCCCUGGGUGAAAAAGAUUGACACGCUGGCAGCAGAAUACCCGGCGGUAACUAACUACCUCUACGUCACGUACAACGGCCAGGAACACGAUAUAAAAUUUGAUGACUGUGGAGUGAUGGUGUUGGGCUGUGGACCAUAUCACAUAGGUAGCAGUGUGGAAUUUGAUUGGUGUGCUGUCUCCAGUAUCCGCACGCUGCGUCAGCUUGGCAACAAAACGGUAGUGGUGAAUUGCAACCCAGAGACGGUGAGCACAGAUUUUGAUGAGUGUGACAGACUGUACUUUGAGGAGAUGUCACUGGAAAGGAUUCUGGACAUCUACCAAUACGAGGGAUGCAGUGGCUGCAUUAUUUCUGUAGGCGGGCAGAUUCCCAAUAACUUGGCAGUGCCACUACACCAGAGUGGAGUGAAGAUCCUUGGCACGAAUCCUUUGCAGAUCAACCGGGCAGAAGAUCGCUCAAUUUUCUCAGCUGUUCUGGAUGAGUUGCAUGUGGCUCAGGCUCCCUGGAAGGCAGUCAACACUCUGAGAGAUGCAGUUGAAUUUGCAGGCUCUGUGAGUUACCCAUGUUUGCUGAGGCCUUCCUAUGUUCUAAGUGGGUCUGCAAUGAAUGUAGUAUUCACCGAAGAGGAAAUGAAAAAAUUCUUAGCAGAAGCCACCAGAGUCUCUCAGGAUCACCCUGUGGUACUCACUAAAUUUAUUGAAGAUGCCCGCGAGGUGGAAAUGGAUGCUGUAGCCAAGGGAGGAAGAGUUAUUGCACAUGCUGUUUCAGAGCAUGUGGAGGAUGCAGGCGUUCACUCUGGAGAUGCCACUCUCAUGUUACCCACACAGAGUAUUAGCCAGGGAGCCUUGGAGAAGGUAAAAUCUGCUACAAAACAGAUUGCAAAUGCCUUUGCCAUCUCUGGUCCAUUCAACCUGCAGUUCUUGGUGCAAGGCAAUAAUGUGCUGGUAAUAGAGUGCAACUUGCGGGCUUCACGCUCCUUCCCUUUUGUAUCGAAGACUCUGGGUGUGGACUUCAUUGAUGUGGCCACAAAAGUGAUGAUUGGAAAAGAGGUUAAUGAAUCAUCCCUCCCCACACUGGAGCAUCCCAUUAUUCCAUCCAAAUACAUUGGGAUUAAGGCCCCACUGUUUUCCUGGUCCCGGCUGAGAGACGCUGAUCCUGUUCUCCGAUGUGAAAUGGCCUCUACUGGGGAGGUUGCGUGCUUUGGGGAGGAUGUGUACUCUGCCUUCCAGAAAGCUAUGCUUGCCACUGGAUUUACAUUUCCUAAGCAAGGAAUUUUGAUCGGAAUCCAGAAAUCCUUCCGCCCCAAAUUCCUUGGUGUAGCAGAACUACUGUAUGGGGAAGGCUUCAAGCUUUAUGCCACUGAAGCAACCUGUGACUGGCUCAAUGCAAACGGUAUCCCUGCAAAUCCUGUGGCGUGGCCAUCGCAGGAAAGCCGGAGUCCCAGCCUCCCUCCAGUCAGGAGGCUGAUAAGGGAUGGGAAAAUAGAUCUGGUGAUUAACCUGCCUAACAGCAACACCAAGUUUGUCCAUGAUAAUUAUGUGAUCCGGAGGAUGGCUAUUGACAGCGGGAUUGCUCUUCUCACUAAUUUCCAGGUGACAAAGCUUUUUGCUGAAGCUAUCAAAUACUCUGGAAAAUUGGACUCCAAGAGUCUCUUCCACUACAGACAAUUUGACAAAGGAGACGCUGCAUAGAAGAUCUAUGUCCAGCCUGCAAUCUUAACUGCUUCUGGCACCACGAAAGAGAUCUCAGAUCAUCCAUCUGACCAUCUUUCCAUGCAUUUUAUAGCAUCUGCACUGUUUGUCUUCCCAUCUUAAGCAAACUAACUCCCAGCAAGUGCUUUUGGUUGUUCAUUGGAAAGCCAUGUUCUCCCCAGCCUUUCCACCAUCUUCUCUCCAUUUCCACUUAGGAAUAAAUAUUACUUAUUAGAUGGAUAGAUCCAGAUGCCACCAUAGCAGAGUGAUGGGAGAUACAAAUGUUCCUCCAUAGGAGCAGUUCUUUUGAUAACUAAUCUGUUCUUUCUUAGAUGUUUUUGGAUCCAUAUGCCCAGAUGUUCUCAUGCUGAAUUGCUAGUGUUUGGCCCCAAACUCCCAUAGAAAGAUGUGUAGCUGCUUCUUCCUAUUGCUGACUUGAAGAUUUUACAACUUUAUAUAAUGAAUAGGCAUCCUCCUGCACAAUCUACCCAAUGAUACCAUGGACAACUCUCAUGGUACAGAACUGCUGAGUGUGAUGGGUAUGAUAGAACCUCUUUAAAGACAAAAGAUCAUGAAUUCCUAACGAUUCCCUGCAACAGCUGAGAGGCAUGAGGCACAUACUUUCUACUUUUUUUUUUUAAAACCCUGGCUAAGCAUCUUCUUUUAGAGCCUGCAGAAGUGAUGGGUAAUGAAGACUCUGUGUUCACAUUUUAAAAUCUUUUAUUUAAAAAAAAUCUGGUUUAUCAUUCUGAAUUCAAGCAGUUGUUACUGCCUUAUAAGGGUUCUCUCUCAGCUUUGUGUUUGGCUUCAAAAAUGGGGAACUCCCGGAAGACUUCUUUGUACUGCUGUCCAAUGUUUUGUGCUGUGAUUGUGAGCAUUAAGAGUGAAUCCUUCCAGAACAAGGUGAAAGCGUGUCAGUACGUUAAGCCUCCCGAUUAAGGGGCCCCUUCACUUUCACUCUAGCCUUUUCUCCUGCUUUUUCAGCUCUAGCAAUGCCUGCAAAUCCAGCCCAUGGAGCAGGCUUCUGUUAUACCACCUGUUGCACGUCUUCACUUACUGAUUGUACAGCAGAAGAGUUCCACAGCUCUGUGGCUAACAGCACUGUAUCCAGUAUAUGUAUACAGCAGUCUCUGUGCCUACCUCUAAAUGUUGCUAGGGACUACGUGUUUGUCUUUUUUCCCCCCAUAAAGCAGUAUGUACACAGCAUGCCCUGAAGUUGAAAAGAUUCAAGUUGAACUUAAUGUGAUAACAUUUCAGAAGUAUAUCAAAUCUGAUGAGAGCUGUUAUUGAAAGGUGCAAAGGAGAGGACAGAAGUUGUGAUGCCUUUGGCCAUCAGAGGAAUCCCUGAACAACUGAUGCUAAAUGCCAAGACCGAAUUUUGAGCUAAGUGUGGAUUUAUUUCUCACCAGGUUGAUAUUUCAAGUCCUCUGAUCACGGACAUCUCAUCAUAACAAACUGUUGUGGUGAACAUAAUCCUGCCUGCUGUGCACAGGGAGAACUUUUCACUUUUAGAGUAGAGAUGCUAUUAAAGAAAAACAAAACACCAAUCCAGAAGAGCCCAGGGCUAUCAACUGUUCACCCAUUCAGUUGUGAAAUGAAUGACUAAUGGUGGUUAAUGAAGCAGUGCUCUCUAAAUGCAUCCUGCACUUUCUUUUUCCAGUGGCAAAAAUUUCAUUAAUAAUCGAUGUCAUUCGACACAUCCUCCCACCCUGCUUUUACCUCUAGUAGUGAACAAAGUGACGUCUUAAAAUGUGUCUGUAUUCUCUUGUUCUUCAGCUGCGAUUUUGUUACUUUUCUCAAGAGCUGAAAAUGAAAUAAAUGCCCUGGAUUGUCACAGUUUA